CCUAACGUCACGGCGCAUUCACUCACCGGCCGUCGCCGACGCCGCUGUGCCGCACACGCAACCCACACGAUACGCUGAAAGGAAAGUUCGUUUCCAACUGUUAAGAGAUCGCUAUCGAUAUCGAGUGAUCGUAUUCAUGGUGAAUCGAGUAAUUAUAUUUCGCGAAAGAGUAUCGAGCAACAGUGACUAAUCGAGUGAUGCAUGUGUGUGUAUAUAUAUAUAUGUAUAUAUUUAUAUAUACAUAUAUAUAUAUGUAUAUAUAUAUAUAUAUUUAUAUAUACACGCGGGUGUCCCGCGCAAAGAAGGUGAACAUCUAUACCGACGAACAUGUUUGUGCUUUUACUGAGAAGACGAUAGGUGACAGUGAGGAAUCAGCUGAUCGUUUAGGGGCGCCACGCUCUCUUAUCCUAUCUCGCGCGCGCUUUCUGUUUGUCUCCCUCUCUCUCUUUCCUUUCCUCUUCUAGACUCCUCAUAGGAGACUCCUCUUCCUCUGACGUACAUAUAUAUACGUAACCGUGCACAGUACCAUGCGGUCCGCCGGCUGUGUUCGAUUUUCCCGCCAAUGACAUACGCAUUCGAAUGUUAUACAGUCAGUUACCAGUGUAAGUUACACCUAUCAUCCUUGGUGUUCUCUAUAAUGGAAAUCAUUCUACUUUCUUCGUACGAAAAAGAUGACAAAGUGGAGAAGAAAGACUCGCUGGAAUCGUGUCAAUGGAAUUACAAACUUUCAACUCGAUGAUCCUCGAUUUAUUGCCGGAAGAUCCAGUGCUAUGUGUGUACCUUUUUGCUUAUUAUCAUCGUGUGAAAAUGGAUUGUGAUAUGUUACUCUUAAGGUGAAAUGUUUCACGAGAAACGUGAAAAAGAGAUAAGUCAAGUGUCCGCCCUGAGCGGAAUCAACAUUUGAGGAGAACAGCGGCGUUCAAGAUAGUGUCGAGGGGGAGGCAUUGUUCACGAUACGUGCGUGGCCGCGUGCGUGCGUGCAUGGAAGAGAGAAACGGACGAAGGACCUCGAGGUACGAAGGAGAACGAGGCGGAGCAAGGUGGCUCCGCUAACGGCACGAGCGGCGGUGAAAAAAUGUCGAGCGCCGCGGACAGUCCUGAUGGGAUGGCUUUGCAGUCGCACUAUUCCUUACGAUGGAACAAUCAUCAGACGCAUAUACUCCAGGCCUUCGAGGCGUUGCUACACGCGGAAUUACUCGUCGACGUGACCCUGGUCUGCGCCGAGACUAGUCUCAGGGCGCACAAGGUUGUUCUUAGUGCCUGCAGCCCGUUCUUCGAGAGGAUAUUUGCGGAGCACCCCUGCAAACAUCCGGUGAUCGUGCUAAAGGACUUCCCCGGCCACGAGGUGGCGGCGCUGAUCGACUUUAUGUACCGUGGCGAGGUGAGGGUCGGCCGUGAAGAGCUUCCCGGCCUGAUGAGAGCCGCGGAGAGUCUGCAGGUGCGUGGAUUAGUGUUGUCGGAGCCGAGACCUACGUCACCACCGGAAACACCGACCGCGGACCUCCUCCUGGGCGAGCCUUCAACGCCCGAGGGGGCCAGACAAGGUACGCCCGAGGAGGAUGACAAUGCGUCCGAGAGCACCGCGCCCCCGUCCACCCGGGAACAACCACCCCCCGUCACGACACCCACCAUUUUCCACCCCGCGAGGGACCACCGUGAUAUGUUGCCGCACAUGGGCCACUUGAACUUUGGGAUGCGCGAGUUGCGUGAAAGUUGCGGGUCCCCGCUUUUGCCACGGCGGAAGCAAGCACGGCCGCGAAGGAGAUCGGUCGAGCUCGUCCCUCAAGAUCUGAGCAGGCCUCAUCCACCGCCGAGUUUAAGCCCGCCUGCGAGCGGGUUAGAUUUGACCGGGUCUAACAACAAUCAUCAACAAUCGCAGCAACAACAGCAGCAACAACAACAACAGUCUCAGGGUCAUCGUCCGCAGCGGGAGGGAAGCCCGCCUACCGGCAGGACAACGCAUCCGUAUCAGCAACAACAACAGCAGCAACAACAACAGCAACAGCAGCAGCAGCAACAACAAGAAUCUCCACUCACGCCGCAACAAAGCUCCGUGACGCCGAUAUUCCCGUUGGAUGGUGUCGUGUCUCUAGGUGGUGGACUGUUCCCUCAUGUAGGUGCUUUAGACAGGGGAUCCCUUUUGGCGGAUCUCCACGAUAGUUUUAAACCGGAAGCGCUGCACGGACUUUUCGGCGCGGCCAGCCUCGGGGCUCACCACCCGGGUAAAAAGCCAAAGAAGCACAGGAGCGACGGUGACGCGCCGCACAGGUGGGGCGACCACAGCAGCAGGGGCCUCCCCGUCGGGAGGCCGAAAGGUCAGCACAGCGCACCUAGAGGCGGCCCGCCCAGGUCCUGGACGAACGCGGAGUUGACCGAGGCGUUGCAGCACGUUUGGAACAAGAAGAUGACCACGUCGCAGGCAAGCAGAAUAUUCGGCAUCCCGUACAACAGCUUGUUAAUGUACGUGCGGGGGAAAUAUGGGAAGAGUUUGAAACUCGAACAGCUGAGAAGGGACUGCACGGGGGCGACUACGGGCGAGGUGGUUAUGAAUUCGCUUAACAACAACGACAAGGCCGUCCAGCCGCCCGCGCAAAUCAUCCACCCUCUUGCUGGCCUGCCGCCCCAUCCGGGCGACGACGCUGGAUUCCCCCAUCACUCGUUGCUCGCGGGCAACCUGCCGCACGGUUUCUUCCCCGACUUUGCCCCCGCGGAAGCGUUGAACGAUCGUUACUCGUUUGACAAUCAUAUUCGAUAAAUGAACCAAUCGCAAAAAAAAACCAAUUUGUUUUUUCUUUUUUUUUCCUUUUUUUUCUCACCGAUCUCUAUUUUUGCGAUACAAUAGCUAUAUAUAUAUAUAUAUAUACAUAUACAUAUAUAUCUAUUUAUUAUAUGUCGACAACCGUUAUAUUCUUAACAACCGGGUUUAUUCCAUUAAUAUCGUGUUUCAAUCAACGAGAAAGAGAAAGAGAGAAACAGAAAGAAAGAGAGAGAGAGAUUGACCAAGCAAUGUAGUACCUUCGUAUCUUUCUUGCUGCUGCCCCCCUUGUUGGAGCGCGUUCAGACGAGCUUCCAUUCCCAUUCGGAGAAUUAUUUCGAAGAUACUUGUCAUUAACCCAACUAAAGCUGGAUAUUGUUCAGUUUUGUAUACGAGACUGUACGAAACGUUUCUCGUACGGUGGUCAUUUUCGUUUUUUACUUUUCAUCCCUGAUAAUGAUCCCCGAAGUGACGAGAGAGAGUAACAGGCCCGCAAUAAACGGACAAAUUAUGUCAAUUUUAUAUGGAAUUACAUUACAAUCGGGAGGAGAGUGGGGUAGGAUAUAUAUAUAUAUAUAUAUGUAUAGGAAUGUUUGCACAAUAAUCACACGCAGUGUCGCGCGAGCUUGCCAAGAUUCUGUUUCUUCCUUUCUCGUUAUGGAAGCACGGCUACCAGUUGACCUGGUUACACGAUUCGUUUUCGGUAUUUGGUGCAAUAUCAAAUGUAUAUAUAUAUAUAUAUAUAUAUAUAUAUAUAUA